AGAAUGGCUCCUGCCAACAGCUCUUUAGUGACUGAAUUCAUCUUGGCAGGAUUAACAGCCCAACCAGCUCUCCAGCUUCCCUUGUUUUUCAUCUUUCUGGUAAUGUAUAUAGUCACUGUGUUGGGAAACUUGGGUUUGAUGACUCUUAUUGGGCUGAAUUCCAAUCUCCAGACCCCCAUGUACUUUUUCCUCUUUAACCUGUCUUUUGUGGACCUCUGUUAUUCUACCGUGUUUACACCCAAGAUGCUGGUUAACUUUGUGUCAGAGAAGAAUGUUAUCUCCUACACAGGAUGCAUGACCCAGCUUUACUUCUUCUGCUUUUUUUCCAUUUCUGAGUGCUAUGUGCUGACGUCCAUGGCCUACGACCGUUAUGUGGCCAUUUGCAAUCCACUGAUGUAUAGCAUUGCCAUGUCCCCUAAGGUGUGUGCCAGCCUGAUGCUUGCCUCCUACCUGAUGGCAUUUUCUGGUUCCCUGGCCCACACUGGAUUCAUGUUGAGACUGAUCUUCUGUGAUGCCAGCACCAUCAACCACUACUUUUGUGACCUCCUUCCUGUGCUGCAGCUCUCCUGCACAGACACCCACAUCAAUGAGAUGGUUGUGAUCAUUGUGGUAGGUAUCAACAUUGUCGUGCCCAUGAUCACCAUCUUUUUCUCUUACGGUUCCAUUGUCUGCAGUAUCCUUCGCAUGAGCUCCAAAGAGGGCAGGUCCAAGGCCUUCAGCACCUGCAGCUCCCAUAUAGUUGCUGUUUCUCUCUUCUUUGGAUCAGCUUCAUUCAUGUAUCUCAAACCAUCUUCUCCCACUUCCAUGGACCAGGGGAAAAUUUCCUCUGUGUUUUAUACCAACACCGUUCCCUUGAUGAACCCCUUAAUCUAUAGUUUGCGGAACAAAGACGUUAAACUUGCUCUGAGAAAAACCCUGAGUCAGAGAAAAUUGUGA